AUGGGGCCUCCUCCUACCCCUACAGUACAGCCUCCUACACCUGCAGUAGACCCUACUCCUACACCUGUAGUAGACCCUACUCCUACCCCUGCAGUACACCCUUCUACUACCCCUGCAACAGACCCUAUUCCUCCUCCUAUAAUUAUAACCCCCACUCUUGUCCCUGACCCUACUUCUAUACCUUCCUCAUCUGUUAUACCGCCUUCUGACACUGUCACACCAUCUGCUGAUCAAGAUUCAAGUGCUGAUGGUGAAGAGUUUACAAACUUCAAGGCCUUGGUCAUGAGAGUGUUGCCUGCUACUUCACAAGAUGAAUUAGUUAUCCCUCCAACCCAGCCACAACCCUCCUUGUCACCCGUUGUCCCUCAGCAGCCCUCAUUAGUCCAACCCUCAUCAGUCCAACCCAUAGUAGUCCAACCAUCUAUACCGGAGCAAGAUGAUGAAGAUCAUUCUGAUGAUAACUAUGUACAGUAUUGA